AUGCUAACUACAGCUAAUGGAAUCUUUGGUACAUUGCUGGCUAUUGUAGUGGCCUCUGUUUUUUCUUCAAGAGUUCUUGUAGGAUUCUUACCACACUUUUUUCGCGUUCCACCCGUUCAAUGGAGAUUGAGGGUGAAUAAGGCUAUCACACGCGCUGAGUCUAGCACUAACAAAAUCCCUGUGAUGGACUUUGGCUGGAAAACCAGUAGUGUAAGACGUCAGAUGAUAAUCGCUUCCUCCAAGCCCUCUGCGUAUUCUAACGAGAAAUUUGGAAACAAAAUUCACGUAGGCAUAGAAGACCGUAAAGACCGGCAACACUUUGUGGAUCAAAUGGCUCCACAAAACAGAAAGUACAACAGAACUAUUUACGGCUACUUUCACCCCUUCUGCAAUGCUGGCGGAGGGGGCGAAAAGGUACUUUGGAAAGCUGUAGAAACAACGUUACAGAGAGACACCAGUUCUGUUGUUGCGAUUUACACAGGCGACUUAGACGCAUCGGGCGAAAAGAUACUUGCUAGUGUCACGAAGAGAUUCGAUUACAAGCUCGAUAGCUCCAGGAUCGUUUUCAUAUUUCUGACCAAGAGGCAUCUCGUAGAUCCCAAGACUUGGCCCAGGCUAACCCUUAUUGGGCAGGCAAUUGGCUCAAUUAUUCUAACUGUGGAAGCAUUGUACAAGCUAACCCCUGAUGUCUGGUGUGAUACCAUGGGCUAUCCAUUUUCGUACCCAGUUGUCCACUGGUGCACGCAAAUCCCAAUAGUAACAUAUACGCACUAUCCUAUCAUCUCCUCAGACAUGCUGGGUAAGCUUUCUCUUAGUCCGGAUUUUCAAACCAGCUUCAGGCUCAAAUUGAAAUACUACUACUGGAAAGUUUUCAUGUUGCUAUAUCAAUGUACCGGCAACUUUGUUAGCAUAGCAACUACCAAUUCAUCUUGGACUCAGAAUCACAUUAUGAAAAUUUGGAAAUCUAGCGCUGCUAAAGUGGUGUAUCCCCCAUGCUCUACCGAGAAUCUCAUUGUUGAGGAAAACACAGAAGCGAGGAGAAGAAGAAAAAAUCAAGCUGUCAUAAUAGCGCAAUUCAGACCAGAAAAAAGACAUAAGCUAAUCAUAAGUUCAUUUGCAACUGCGUUAAAAGAGUCUUCUCCAAAGUCUGUCGCUAAUCUUCCCAACCUAAUUUUUAUAGGUUCGACAAGAGGUGUGUCAGAUCGAAACUACGUCGAAGAGCUAAAAGAAUUGUGUUUCAAUGAUUAUAAAAUUCCUACGAAUUUGGUAGAGUUCCGGACUGAUUGUGACUACGAGGUAAUGAAAAAGACCCUACAUGAUUCUACUUAUGGUAUUAAUGCAAUGUGGAAUGAGCAUUUUGGUAUCGCAGUGGUUGAAUACGCGGCUUCUGGAUUGAUUCCGCUUGUACAUGCGUCGGCAGGUCCUUUGUUGGAUAUUGUGGUGCCUUGGGAUGUUCAAUCGGCUUCUCAAAUGACUGAAUGUAGUGACCAAUACAGAACGGGAUUCUUUUUUAAGGAUCCAAGUGAUCCGGAUUUUGCGGCAGUGGAUUCAAAAAACUACAGCACACUUGCGGGAGUUUUUAUGACAAUUUCUGAGCUUCGUACAGAAGAGAAGAUCGCCAUGUCUCGAAGAAGCCAACAAUGCGUCUUGAAUAAGUUUUCAGAUAAAGUUUUUGCUCAGAAGUGGGGAGAGGUGCUAAGCGAACUUCCUGACAUGAAAUCCUCUUUCUGA